UUUAGUGAUGGUUUGGAUAAGUUGAAGUACUGGCAGCAUAUUAGCGGUAUUAGAUCGUAUUGCACUGCACCAGUAUUUGUUCAUGUGUUGCAUUUUUCCCACCCUCUGCGCACCCCACGUGAUCAAAAAUCAAGCAAAGAAUGUUAAAAUGGAUUAAGUUAUAGAAACCAUGUCACAAAUAUUCUUUUAUUGUAUAAAGUGAGAAUUCAGUUUGAGUCUGGCAGCCAUCUGUACAGGCAGGGCAACCCAAGCAACUGGGCGACGUUGCCUCCCUCCGUGCCUUGAAGCAGCUCAGUCGUCGUUUGCAGAGCGAGCUGUCAGCGGUCCGAUGAGGAGGAGGACGAUGAUGCCCGAGCAGAAAUAGCACAGCGAUAACCGCCGACUAUGGUAGUUUCUACCAAACUUUCGAGGUGAAACAGCGGCCGACCAUGAUGUGAGUAUGAAGCCCGAGUUUUAUUAGCGGGGGAGUCGCGGAUUUUGCCGUUUUUAGGACCGUUUAUCCGCCGCCGCUGCCAUUGUCAACGGUAAGGACCGGCUUGCUGGACCGCUUGGCUCUCCGCCGAGGAGUGAGAUGCUUCAUGGACCUGAGCUGAAUACCAAAUUACCCUCAAGCAUCACAAGAUAGCCAGUCUGCAGGAUGGAGUCCCUGGAGGAAUGACAGUUUCGUCCCCCUUGGGUAACAAACCUUCAGCUAGAGAAAAUGAACUGGGCCGGUGGAUUCGUUUUUCUGGUCCUGGUGUUCUUCGUCGCCUCGCAAACUGCCGGGGCCUCACAGCUUAACGCAGACGGAAACUACACGGAAACCGGUAACGCGACAGACGGAGGAUCUGUCCCCGCUGUGUUCACAAGCGUGAGCCAGAUAAUUGCCCGAGAGGGGAGCUGCACACUGAUUGAUUGCAAUGUCACUGGAGACCCAUUCCCCAGCGUUCAGUGGUUCAACUCCCACGGUCACCGGGUGGACACAAGCGGAGGGAAGUGGUCGCUGCUCGACAACGGUGUCCUCAACAUCACUGGCAUUGAGUUCGCGGACCGCGGGAAGUACACCUGCAUGGCGUCCAACGCGUACGGCAGCUCCAACUGCACGGUGACGCUGCGCGUGGUGUUCACCAACGGCGACAUGGGCGUGUACUACAUGGUGGUGUGCCUGGUCACCUUCACCAUCAUCAUGAUCUUGAACGUCACGCGCCUCUGCAUGAUGAGCAGCCACCUGAAGAAGACGGAGAAAGCCAUCAACGAGUUCUUCCGCACCGAAGGCGCAGAGAAGCUGCAGAAGGCCUUUGAGAUCGCCAAGAGGAUCCCCAUCAUCACCUCGGCCAAGACGCUGGAGCUCGCCAAGGUGACGCAGUUCAAGACCAUGGAGUUUGCGCGGUACAUCGAGGAGCUGGCCCGGAGCAUCCCGCUGCCCCCACUCAUCAUGAACUGCCGCACCUUCAUGGAGGAGAUCCUGGAGGUGGUGGGGGUGGAGGAGAUGAGGCACACCUUCCUCAGGCAGGCUCCCGACGGACGCCGGCUCCCCUCCAUCGGGGUGAGAGAUGUCUUCACAAUCCUGCAGGAGAGGGAGCGGGGACGCAGCGAGUCACCCGCCGCCGAUUCCGACAACUCCUCUGAUCACGAGCAGCCGCAGCACAUCGCCAUCCAGGUGUCGGUCCACCCGCCACUCGUUGUCGGCGGGUACAGCGAGGAAGCCGCAGAGCAGCCAGAGGCUACGGCGUCCCCGUCCCCGCCGCCGUCUUCUCUUCACCACAAUGAGCAGCCCGAGGACACCGAGGAGGUCGCUGCCGCCGACGAACCGGUGGCAAGCAAGAGCCCAACAUGCCAGGUGUUCUACGAGAGCCACGUGUGACGAACUGUGGCGAGCUCCGGAGAGACGAUACGUUACCCUGCUAUGCAUUUCCACUUGAAAAAGGUCCAUAAACAUUUGUAAGUUCACAUUUUGAAGAGAAACAAUCAGUUGUAUUUAUCGUUUGUGAACAAUCGCUCUAAACCUCUGCAGGCUCAUCUACUGAAAAUCAAUCAAAAGGAGACUCUGGGUGCUUGAAUGUAUCCGGGCGGAGGAAUAUCAGUGUAAAUGUAACAAGCAAAGCAUUGUAAACGGGCAUUUCCUGUGUUCUUAUUUAAAGAGUUGUGGGGAUUUUUCAGUUGGUAGUUUCUUACAGUGCUAGGGGUUUUUAACGACAUACUUCAGAAAUCUGCCUCAAGCUGCUCUGCGUGCUCUUGUUUUCGGAUUGUGAAAGCGAGCUUCCUAGAUCCACUCCAGAAUUCACAUCCAGCUACUGUCACAGCCUACAGAUGCAUGCCGGACUCGAGGAGCAAUAACCGACAGUCCGACUGCUUACUCAUGAUUGUACAGCUCUCUGCAUCUCUAACAACAUGGAAGUAAGCGAGGAGAGAGAGCACACACACUGGGUGGAGCUUAGAUCUGUUUCCCUUAAAAUACUUUGAGUAUUUUUAUUAUUACUGCCCAUUUUGUGCUGUGAUUUUUGUUUCUUAGUCAUUUUUAUCUUCUUACUAAGACUAGUGUCUUGUUUUCGCUUGAGUAGAGAAGAGCAGCUUCGCUUCCUUUGUGAUUUUAUUUUAAUUUGACUCCUGACCCGAUUUCUGCAUCUUCGUCUUGCUUCUGCAGAAACUUUACAGUACAGUCGUAUUUCUGCUGCAUGUUGGGAUUUUAGACAUCUUUCUCUGGGACUGAAAUGACUCCUUUUGUUUGGCCCUUCGCUUGGCUUACGGUCCAGUCUGUGGCAGAUAUGAGUGGGCGAUGUUCUGCUUCUUCUGGUGCUCUUCGAUGCUUCUCUUUUGUAGUGGAAUAAAAUGAAAGUGCUGUGCUUAAAAUGAUUCCACAGUUUGGUCUGAUGUCUUUUUUUCAUUAUCAGUCAUGAAGUUGGCAUAUUAAAUGGAACUUAUUAUGCUCAUUUCCAGCUAUUACAGCAGCUUUGCAUGAUUCACAGUUCAAAGUAAUCAUUUAUCACAAGUAACCCUGUAUGAAAUAAGCCAUUAUUAGCACCUCUCCAUUUACACCAGUAGUUCUCAGCUUUUUCUGGUGUUUCCUUUCUUCCCAACAAGCAAAAGGUUCCUGGUUCAAUUGUAGGAGGAGACAAAGUCUUUGGGGUUGUAUCAGAAAGAGCAUCCAGUGUAACAUGACAAAAACAAAACAAAAACAUGGAGCUGUGGUGACCUCUUGUGACAAAAAUGGAACAGUCAUCUUACUUCUGAUUGGCUGAGAGAAGAGAAGCUAAAGCAUCAAGUGGCUGCAACUAUGCCCUUUAAUAAUACACUAACAAGGCUUAUUUUGAGCCAUGACUCAUGUAAAGUUACUCUAGUAGAAUCAAGAAUAAAAAUCUAAGAUGGAAGUGGGAGUAGCUGACCUCCUUUAAAAGCUGAAUAAAGACAAAACAAGUUGCAGUGAAGUUUUGGUCCUUUUAUUCUUUUUCACUGCAGUCCAAUAACAAACCAUUCAAGGUCUGCUUUUUCCUCAGCUUGAAAUCGUAUGCUCCCGAAGGCAUUCAUGCGAAGGGCGUUAAUAAUGCAAGUUAGACCUUUUUGUGUAAUGGCUGUGGUAGCCAUGGCUACGAGGCCGUGCCAGACACAGGUGAUGGAGGAAACAGAUCUCCUGAGGAGAGAAAAAAUAAAAUAAGGCUCAUUUCUUUCAGAAUGCAGGUGAACAGCAGCACAUUCAUUCAAACAACAAACCCACAAACUGAGAAGCUGCACACAAAAUGUUCACACAGCUAAUCCGAUGAUAAUAUGGAUUUAGGUGAGAAAGCCCUGUUUGUUUCUGAGUCUGCAAGAGGAUCAGACGCCGUUUUGUGAAUGUAGGUGAACAGGGAAAGGACAGAGUCAUGAAUGAUAGAUGUGUAAGUGGAUCGCUGUCAGGUCGCUGAGACACUGGGCAGGGACUGCUCACAGAAGCUGGUCCAUCUCUGGGAAACCUGAACCUCUCAAACUCAACCCCAUUCCUGCGUUUGGGACAACAUUAUAAGACUUCCUGUCUGCACUAAUUAGCUUCUGCUAGUCUGAGGACAAGAGCUAAAUCACAAAGUGCAGUGCGAAUAAACAAAUGUCUCGAUCUGAGAGAAGCCUUUUCUGUUUCAGUAGCAGGCUGUUGCAUUACACCUAAAGGGAACCUCAGACGCUUCAGUAAGACACAAGAGUUCAUUUUAGGCUUGAAAUCCUUUUUUAACAUCACAAAAAAAGCAAUUAAUAUCUGUUUUACAAACAUGUAUAAACAGAAAAGACUUCAUGUGUCAGAUUUCUUGCAAUAUGACUGAGCAGUUGUUGAGAAAGCUGCAACCACAGAGAUUAUUAGGAGAGACUGAAUGAGAGAGAAGAUGUUUCAUACAGUCUAUGCACAGCAAAUCAUCAGUGGAAGAAUCAUCAGUGGAAACCUAUUAGCUGUUUGUUCUGUCCUGCCACACACACACACAGUGUCAGCGUGUCCUUGGAGGAAAGUGGGGUAAGAUGAGCCAGUGGGUAAGUAGAUCCACCCUAAAUUUAGGUGGCAUUUCCUGUUUCAACUGGCUCUGGAGGAAGAACCUGAUAAAGUGGAUAACAUUCUUUUUUAAACAAGAUUUUCUUUGCAUCAUCAGUUUCAUAUCAAACUCCGCUUUUAUCUUAGAUUAUAUACAGUAAAGUUAUACCACAGCUGCCAGAUGUGCCACAUCUGUGUCAACAAUAUGGCAAAUUAUGGCUGUGGAGCAACAUGAGAACAGAGAGUGAGUGCGUGCCUAUCCACACUAAUGUUUCUAAGUGCCCGAAUAAACAACGUGCAAAGCAGGGUGGAGAGUAUUUGCACAGCAUUUGACUACAAACAAUAAUGAAAUCCUUACAACGUUUACAGUAAGUGAUAGCUCGGCCUGCAGGUUCUUCCUCUGGCAAAGACCACAAGAUUGCAACCACAACUCCAAAGAAAACCUGAUGACCUGAAAUACAAAGCAGCCAUUACAUGAAAGGAAAAGAGACAGCAAAUCAAGAGUUACACUCACUGGACAGUUUAUUAGGUACCUUCAUGGUCCAUGUUGGCAUGACAGCAUCACACAUCUAUGAUUUGAAUCUCCUCUUCUUCCGCAUCUCAAAGCUGCUCUAUCACACUGAGAUCUGGAGACUGUGGAGGUUGUUUGAGUUCAGUGAACUCAUUAUGUUCAAGAAACCAGUUUGAUCUGAGCUUUCUGACAUGGUGUGUCGUCCUGCUCGAAGCAGCCAUCAGAUGGUGCACUGUGGUCAUAAAGGGAUUGACAUGACUGGCAUUAAUACUCAGGCAGGCUGUGGUUUUUAAAUGAUGCCCAGUUAGUACCGAGGGGCUCAAAGUUUGCCAAGAAAAUAUCCCCAACACCAUUAUACCGCCACCAGCCUGAACUGGUGAUACAAGGCAGGAUGGAGCCACGCUUUCAUGCAAUUGACACCAACUUCUAAACCUACCUUCUGAAAGUUCCAGAGACUCAUCAGACCAGACGCCGUCUAUUGUUGUCCAAUUUUGGUGAACCUGUGAACUCAGUUUCCUGAUCUUAGCUGACAGCAGUGGCAGCUGGUCUCCUGCUGCUGAAGCCCAUCUGCUUCAAGAUUCAACAUUCAGAGAUGCUCUUCUGCAUCGUCUACUAUGGUAACAAUAGUUAUUUGAGUUACUGCUGCCUGCCUUCAGGUUGAAGCAGUCUGCCCAAAAUAAAAUCCUCCAGAAAACUGCUGCUCACUGGAUAUUUUCCCGAUCAUAAACCAGAGAGAUGUCUGUGUGGGGAAAAUCCCAGCAGUUUCUGUAACAAUUAGACCAGUGUCAGCUUAAACUUCAGUAGGUCGUCUUGAUCACGUCCACAUGAAUAAAUGUGUUGAGCUGCUGCCAUGUGAUUGGUUGAUUAGAUUUACAAGCAGUUGAUCAGGUGUACCUGGUAACCUGUCGGUCAACAGGUGAUGGGUUUGUAUUUUAUAGAGCACCUUUUUCUUUUUUGUAAGAAUGAGUUUCUAUUUUAAUGAAAAGGGUAAAUAAACUUUGUCUUCGUGGAAACUAUAAAGUUUUCUGAAAAGUCUGUCUGAUUCUAAAAUCGAGGACUUUUGUGAGCUUCAUGACAGCUAACAAGUGGAGCUGACAGCCUGACAACAAGCAAAACCUGCCGAGAACAAAUCACACAUCAGUCCUCGUGUGCAACUUGAAUCUUUUUUUUUUUUAAUUUAAAACAAAUUUUAAUCUUUACAGGUUUUAUUUUUAAUAUACAAUCAAACAAUUGUUGUAAUCAUACAUGAAAUUUAUUAUAGUAAUGCACAACUCUAUCCAGACUACCCAUAAAUAAAAAAAAGAGAAACAAAAAAAAGAAAAACAUCGAGAUCAGUAUGAAACACAACGUUAGGCAACACCACAGGUAACAAAGACGAUCCUGUCACACCACAGCAGGACAGUCACUGCAAUGCAAAGACGGACACAGGAACACACACACCUCACUUCAUUUCCCUUCAUCGAGUGAUGACGUUUGAUUAA